AUGGGACAUUUGCCAUCUGGUGGCAUGAAGUUACAAGACAUGAUUUUAUAUCCAUCCAGAGCCUUUGGAACCAGGAGAGGAGGAGAGAACAUCGCUGACGUUAAACAUCAAAAUGAAAGUAUGGAAUAUUUCAAUUUUGGAUUUGUCUUCUUGAGAACCCUAUGCAGUGGAAGGCCUGGUUUGAAGAGGCACAUGAAAACGUUCCGUCAUCAGGCAUCUGUAUAUGAUGUGACCAACGCAAUCACUGUGUCAAAUAGAACAGAGCUGAAAUAUAUGAAGUGUUUAGAGGGACUGACUGUUGGAAUUGUUCGUGUCGACUAUGCAAAUAUGUACUGGACCGUCAUAGAGCUGUACAGCGCAUAUCUGAAUGCCCGGGAAAUGAACAGAACUGCUGCCGAGACCACCAUUCUCAUCCUUGACGCCCAUCCAGCUACUGGCCUAGACGGACUGUGGGAACUACUCUUCAAGAAGGUCGUCAGAGUUGGGUGGUUGAAAACAACAACACUCCUCGAAGUGCUUGCCCUGGUUCCCGAGUUAAAAUAUGUGCCAAUUGUGCGUGGCGAAAAGCCUAUUCCCUACAUCGACGACUUCCGGUAUGAGGUUUCCCAUCGCGUAGGAGGAUUCCAGGGCAGGAGAAUAUAUUGUGACAGGAUUAAGAUAACCGUUGUGCUGAGAAGGAACUACAUAGCUCAUCCAAGAAAUGUCAAGGGCACAAUAAAAAGGCAGUUCAAUAAUUCCGAUGAUCUCAUUCAGGCGCUGAAAAACGCAUUUCCCGGAACUCCUGUACAAGCCAUAGCACUGGAGACUUUAACUGUCAGAGAACAAAUACAAUUAAUGACGGAAACGGAUAUUCUUAUCGGCGUGCACGGUGCAGGGUUGGCACUGUCGUUGUUCCAGGUUCCAGGAACAGGGUUGAUUGAACUCUUCCCUUUCGAGUAUAAACAACACAGAAACAAUCACAUGGAACAUUUGGCUGUUUGGGGUGGUAAACUCUACAGCAGUUGGUACAGCGACAACAGGUUAGCCACCACUGUGCACGUUCCUCCACGAGUCCUGACGAAUAUGGUGGUUGACAUGGGCAAACGAGUGUGUGGACACUCUGUCUGAGAUAAUAUUUAGCAGAAUAAAAGCUGUGGAAUUGUCUUAUGUCAUACCUUGUGGUAUUGUGAAAUUAUAUGUUAUCUGGUAUUAUCUAUAUAUUGACGUCAAUAAUCAGUAAUCUACCACAGGCAUGACUCAAGCUGUAUUUGUUGACGUUGCACAAAUUCCUUCACGUGGGAGUGGAGACAGAGCUCUGACUGCACCGUGUGAAAAAAGCCAUAUGACACCAACCUGAAUCCGAUAUAUAACAUCAUUCGUUUAUACAGGUGCGUGGAGUCUAUCCAGGACCGUCUUCAGCUUAGUGGGGGGUGUCACUAGAUAUAUGGAGGGGAAGGAUAGGGCUCUUUCGUCACCCACGAGGUCUGAGGCAAGUCGGCCAUGUUGGCUUGUACACCUCCUACUCGAA